AUGGCGAGCGGUGCCGCCAGAUACCGGCUGAGCUGCUCGCUCCCGGGCCACGAACUGGACGUGAGGGGCCUGGUGUGCUGCCUCUACCCACCGGGAGCCUUUGUGUCUGUGUCCCGGGAUCGUACCACCCGCCUCUGGGCUCCAGACAGUCCUAACAGGGGCUUUACAGAAAUGCACUGUAUGAGCGGCCACUCUAAUUUUGUGUCUUGUGUGUGCAUCAUACCCUCAAGUGACAUAUAUCCUCAUGGACUAAUUGCCACUGGAGGAAAUGACCACAAUAUUUGCAUUUUCUCGCUGGACAGUCCGAUGCCACUUUAUAUUUUAAAGGGUCACAAAGAUACUGUUUGUAGUCUUUCUUCUGGAAAAUUUGGGACAUUACUUAGUGGCUCAUGGGACACCACUGCUAAAGUCUGGCUGAAUGACAAAUGCAUGAUGACAUUACAGGGUCACACAGCUGCAGUAUGGGCAGUAAAGAUUUUACCUGAACAGGGCUUAAUGUUAACUGGAUCAGCAGACAAAACAAUUAAACUAUGGAAGGCCGGAAGAUGUGAGAGGACUUUUUCAGGGCAUGAAGACUGUGUAAGAGGUUUGGCAAUUUUGAGUGAAACAGAAUUUCUUUCCUGUGCAAAUGAUGCUAGUAUUAGAAGGUGGCAGAUUACUGGCGAGUGUCUUGGAGUAUACUACGGACAUACAAAUUAUAUUUAUAGCAUAUCUGUCUUUCCAAAUUGUAGAGAUUUUGUGACAACUGCAGAAGACAGAUCUCUAAGAAUAUGGAAACAUGGUGAAUGUGCCCAAACAAUCCGACUUCCAGCUCAGUCUAUAUGGUGCUGCUGCGUACUGGACAAUGGUGACAUUGUGGUUGGUGCGAGUGAUGGUAUUAUUAGAGUGUUUACAGAGGCAGACGAGCGGACAGCCAGUGCUGAGGAAAUCAAGGCUUUUGAGAGAGAGCUCUCUCAGGCAACUAUAGACUCCAAAACUGGCGACUUGGGGGACAUUAAUGCUGAGCAGCUUCCUGGGAGGGAACAUCUGAAUGAGCCAGGUACUAGAGAAGGACAGACUCGUCUAAUCAGAGAUGGAGAGAGAGUUGAAGCCUAUCAAUGGAGUGUUAGUGAUGGCAGGUGGAUAAAAAUUGGUGAUGUUGUUGGCUCAUCUGGUGCUAAUCAGCAAACAUCUGGAAAAGUUUUAUAUGAAGGGAAAGAAUUUGAUUAUGUUUUCUCCAUCGAUGUGAAUGAAGGCGGACCAUCAUAUAAAUUACCAUAUAAUGUCAGUGACGACCCCUGGCUGGUUGCAUACAACUUCUUGCAGAAAAAUGAUUUGAAUCCCAUGUUUUUGGAUCAGGUGGCUAAAUUUAUUAUUGAUAACACAAAAGGUCAAACACUGGGACUUGGAAAUACCAGUUUUUCAGACCCAUUUACAGGUGCUGGUCGUUAUAUGCCAGGGUCUGCAGGGAUGGAUACCACCAUGGCUGGAGUUGAUCCAUUUACAGGAAAUAGUGCCUACCGAUCAGCUGCGUCUAAAACAGUGAAUAUUUAUUUCCCCAAAAAAGAAGCUCUUACCUUCGACCAAGCAAACCCUACACAAAUAUUAGGAAAACUGAAGGAACUUAAUGGAAGUGCACCUGAAGAGAAGAAGCUAACUGAAGAUGACUUGGUACUUCUGGAAAAGAUACUGUCCCUGAUUUGUGGUAAUGCUUCAGAAAAGCCGACGGCCCAGCAGCUUCAGGUUCUGUGGAAAGCCAUCAACUGGCCUGAAGACAUUGUCUUUCCCGCACUUGACAUUCUUCGGCUAUCAAUUAAGCAUCCCAGUGUGAAUGAGAAUUUCUGCAAUGAAAAAGAAGGAGACCAGUUCAGCAGCCACCUUAUCAACCUUCUGAACCCUAAAGGAAAGCCAGCAAACCAGCUGCUUGCUCUUAGGACUUUUUGCAAUUGCUUUGUUAGUCAGGCAGGACAAAAGCUCAUGAUGUCCCAGAGGGAGUCAUUGAUGUCACAUGCAAUAGAACUGAAAUCCGGGAGCAAUAAGAACAUUCAUAUUGCUCUGGCUACACUGACCUUGAACUAUUCUGUUUGUUUCCAUAAAGACCAUAACAUUGAAGGGAAAGCCCAAUGCUUGUCAGUGAUUAGCACAAUCUUGGAAGUUGUACAAGACCUAGAAGCCACAUUUAGACUCCUUGUGGCUCUUGGGACACUUAUCAGUGAUGAUUCAAAUGCUAUACAAUUAGCCAAAUCUUUAGGUGUUGAUUCUCAAAUAAAAAAGUAUGCUUCUGUAUCAGAGCCAGCUAAAGUAAGUGAAUGCUGUAGACUUAUCUUAAAUUUGCUGUAGCAGUGGGGAAAGGAAGCUGAGGGGUUUGGUUUUUUUUGUUUUGUUUUUUUCCCCACAUUUUACAUGACUGAUUGUAGAUAUUUAAAAAGAAAGAAAGAAAGAAAAGAAAACUGGAUUAAGUUCAGAUAUUAUAAAGUUGUGUUGAGGAGAUACAAAUUAUAAAUAAAGUUUUUGCACUGAUGGUUGUGAGGUUUUCCUGUGUAAUGGAGUAGAUUUUCAAGGAUGUAGAAACAUUAAAACUAUAAUCAAUAACAGCACAAUUACAACAGCAUUUUCUUCCUCACCUUAACCACUCAGGAGAACACAGAGGUUGUAUGACCUGUUUCUGUUUCGAUAUGAUACCUUGUCCAUUUGACUGUUCUCUUUUGUACAUUAGCUUCUCCACUUUUACUGCUGUAUUCUUUCAAUAGCACUGAUACAUUUCAAGGUCUUCUUUUAGGAUUUACUUGAAAAAUAAUUUUGUUUGUUAUAAAUUAUAAAUUGAUAAAUAUACAAUACUUUCUUGAGCCACUUGUAAAUAGAAAGUAUCACCUUUCUUUGUUCAAUUUUUACAGAAGAAAGCAAAUUGGUAAGCUGUUUUAUUACAUAUCAAUUCCAACAACUGAGGCCUUAAAUGAUUACUAUUUAGGAGUUUCUUUCACUAUAUGAGGUAACUUCAUUUUUUUUCUAGUUUUGAUAUCUGAUUAUUUGUAGUCCUUAUUGACAUGUUAGAUCAUUUUUAUUCUUUACUAAUUGAAGUAAUAUCAUUUUUUUCAUUUCAGUUUUGAUAUGAUUAUGUACUUACUGAUCAUCUUCAUUACUUCAAAGAGAAUAUUUAGAAUUUUUUUUACUUUUACUAGGCAAUUGUGCAAGCAACACUUACCACACUUUAAAGUAAAAAAACCUGUCAUGUGAAAUUAGGACUUUUAGUCCCUAGACUGGCCCAGAUAUUACAUUAUUUACAUUGCUGUCUAAUUCUCAAAUCAGCUUUCUUUUGAAAAGUGGUUACUAUGCUUCUGUUUUAGAAAGAAUGGAAUAAACUAAAGUAGGAGGGGAAAAAUGAACAUAAAGGCAAGAGUACUCCAUGCAGUCUACACAAAGCACUUGCCGGUGGUGCAACUUCCUAGGAAGCCACAGGUUUGUUUCUGAAUAUCCUAGCAACUAAAACAAAGGAGGAAACAUCCUUUUAUUGAGCAAUUCAUUAUGUCUGUGACAAAGCUGUUAAUUCUUUUUUGGUUUCUCAAGACAAGGUUUCUCUGAGCAGCCGUAGCUGUUCUGGCACUCGCUUUGUAGACCAGGUUGGCCUUGAACCCAGAAACCAGUUUGCCUCUGCCUCUUGAGUACUAGGAUUAAAGCCACCACUCCCCUUUCUUAAGAAUCGUACUUAGGUUGGUAUGUGUAUGUGUGUACCUUUUGGUUUUUGUUUUGUUUUGUUUUUUCUGGUACUAGGGACCAAACCCGGGUGCAUGUUGGGGAAGGUCCACUCACUGUGGAUUACAUUCCCAGCUCUAGUUCUUUCAUUUUGAUUAUGGAAGAAAUGCUUUUUAUAAAGACUUUGUUUAAAAUGGUGAGUAAUGUUCUCAACAUUGACAUUGUGGAACCAUGGGGUUUGCUGACUUAAUGCCAUGUAGCAAUCUAAGAAGGACAAAAUUUUGUCCACUAGGAGGAAGAAGACUCUGAGUGUUUAAUACAGGAAAGAACCUAUAGAAUAAAUAUCAGGAGGGAGUGAGGAAAUGUAAAUAGAAGAUGUGUACCUUACUAAGCAUUAAAUUCCAAAUUCCUGUGUGUACCCGAACUUUAAGCUUUAUGUUGCUGGUUCAUUUAUGUACUCAUGCUUCAUUUGUAUUGAAUUGAGAUUUAAUUUUUUAUAUCAAAAUUAAAUGGUAAAAUUUAAA